AUGUGGCUGUGGGCACUGCUCCCCAUCUGCCUGGCAGUCUUUGGCACUGUGGGCAUUUGGACUGUAUUUGCUGUAGCUGUAACAAAUGGAUCAGUCAACCUCACAGAAGGAGUCCCUUACAUCAGUCAGUGUGGCUCUUACAUCCCUCAGAGCUGUUUCUUCUCCCAGAUCUGCAACAUCUGCUCCUUUUUAGCCCUGUGUAUUGUGCUGAUCAGUUUCCAGCAUGUUAGGGAAUUUGGUAACCACGGAAAGGCCAACACAGCCAGCAUUGUUUUGGGAUCCAUCUCCUCUGUAGGAAUCUCCAUCGUUGGCAACUUCCAGCAAUCAGUUUUAGAGAGUAUUCACCUUCUGGGAGCGUUCCUGUCUUUCUUCCUUGGCCUGGCCUACUUCUGGGUCCAGCUGUUUCUAACCUACAGAGCUCCGCUGUCUCAGGACCGAUGCUGGGUCGGUCCUGCCAGGGCCACCUGCUGCACCCUCUGCACCAUCCUUCUCAUCGUUAUGACCGUUCUCACCGAGACAGGCUUUCCCUCUGGGGCUGCUGUGUGUGAAUGGGCCUUGGUCAUGUUGUUCUUCGGCCUGUUUGGCCUUUUUGCGGCUGAGUUCAGACACAUCACCUGCCACCUCACUGUACGGACACAAGCUAUUGGGAAUGACUGCAGCCCCGCUUCAAUAGAAAUCAAUGGUCAUGUCCCAAAUGCACAUAGCUGAAAACACUUGGACUGUACCUACAGUUGUCGUUUUGUCUUUUUAGGGCCGUUACAGAGUCAACGCAUCGGUACGCAUACGUGUCCGCAAGGCUACGCAUCGCUACGCUUCGGCCACCAUUAUGCGUGGAUGCG